ACCAGUAUAAAGAUGUGAGAAGGGAGAAACUGAGAAAUAAGUUUCUGUUCUCUUGAAAUAAACCUCCAAAAUCACUUAAAGUAACUUCUUUUAAGUUUGAAACACGCAGUUGUUCUAUUAAGGUUUUUUAAACUAUCGAUAAGAUCUUGGUCGGGAUGACUCAUAGAAGCAUCUGCAAUCUAUGGAUACUUCUGGCAGCCAUUACCCUGUCCCAGCUGUGGAGAGGUAUCACAGGCCAGGUGCAGAGCUAUUCUAUUGAAGUGGUUUCCAGUGUCCGGGUGCAGGAGGGUCACAAUGCCUCAAUUCCUUGUAACUUCACUGCUGGUGGCAGAAAUACGUUCAGUAAUUCCUUUGGAUACUGGAGAGAGCUCUAUUCAGAAUCUAUCAUUGCCACAAAUGAUAAAUCCAGGGCUGGGCAACAAAGAAACUUCCAUCUGAAGGGAAAUCCAGAUUCCGGAGACUGCACCCUGACCAUAACUGACGCCAGGAGAGAAGAUGAUACGGAAUAUUACUUCAGAUUUGAAGAAAGCAAAGACAGUAACGUGAAAUAUAGUUAUAAAGACAAAAAAAUCCACAUUAUUGUGACUGGUAUUAAAGAGAAGAUUGUGUUUUCCAAGGGUUAUUCUAUUGAAGUGAACUCCAGUGUCAGUGUACAGAAAGGUCUUAGUGUCUCGAUUCCUUGUAAAUUCACUGCUGCCGAUUCAAAUACAUUCCGUAAUUCCUUUGGGUACUGGAGAGAGCUCUAUUCAGAAUCUAUCGUAGCCACUAAUGAUGAUUCCAGUGCUGUGCAAAAAACUAACUUCAAACUGACGGGAAAUCCAGAUUCUGGAGACUGCACCCUGACCAUAACUGAUGCCAGGAGAGAAGAUGAGGGGGUAUAUUAUUUCCGAUUUCAAGAAAGCAAAGACGGUAAAGUGAAAUAUGAUUAUUACAAAGAAGUGACCACCACUAUUAAAGUCACUGGUCUCACACCUCAGGUCGUACAUAUUCCAUACUAUUCUAUCACAGUGGCUUCCAGUGUCGAGGUACAGGAGGGUCUCUGUGUCACGAUUCCUUGUAAUUUCACUGCUGACAGUAGAAAUUCAUUCAGUGAUUCCUUUGGUUACUGGAUGCGGAUGCCUAAACAACCAACAUAUGUCGUAGCCACUAAUGAUAAAUCCAGUACCGUGCAAAAUAAAAACUUCAAUCUGAUGGGCAACCCAGAUUCCGGAGACUGCACCCUGACCAUAACUGAUGCCAGUAGAGAAGAUGAGGGGGAAUAUUAUUACAGAUUUCAAGAAAGCAAAGACAGUAAAGUGAAAUAUAAUUAUUACAAAGUGACCACCGCUAUUAAAGUCACUGAUCUGACAGAAGAACCCGUCAUCUCGGAUGUUGGAUCACUGAUUGCUGGUGUAAAUAAGACAGUGACCUGCGCUCCUCCAAGAAACUGCCCAGGGAAUUCCUUAGCUUUCCAGUGGAAGAAGAGUAAUGUGGCUGGAAUCUGGAAGAAUUCAUCUACAAUUACAUUUACCCCAUCUAUAGAGGAUGACCAGGAAACAAUCACAUGUGAGAUGACAAACUCCAGGAGGAACACAACUCAAAAACACAUUCAUCUUGAUUUUGACUGUUUAACAUAAGAACCAGUCAUCUCAGAUUUUGGAACAUUGAUUGUUGGUGUAAAUAAGACUUAGACCUGCGCUCCUCCAGGAAAUUGCCCUGUGAAAUCUUUAGCUUUCCUGUGGAAGAAGAGUAAUGUGGCUGGAAUCUGGAAGAAUCUAUCUACAAUUACCUGUACACCAUCUAUAGAUGAUGACCAGGAAACCAUCACAUGUGAGAUUACAAACUCCAGGGGGAACACAACUCAAAAACACAUUCAUCUUAAUGUUGACCUGCCUUUGCUUAAAGACCCUAAAGUCAUUCCUGGAUUAAUAACUGGAAUCAUCAUCGUUGUUUCUGCAAUUCUCUUGGGAAUCAUCUUCCUGGUGAGGAGGAA